CUGUCAGUGGGAUGCAGACGCAGAGGGUGCAGUGGAGUCGUUAUUAUUGAGUUAUUACCUACCGCAUUUGACCCCAUUGUUAGUUGAAGUCGAGGCUUUAAAGUGUUUGUAUAUCAGAUACAUAAAUUGGUAAAUUAUUUUGGAAAUAGAGGCGGUCGAUAGGGAGAGUUUGUGUGAUAAUUGUUUGUGACAAUGUCACAAGCAGAAGACCCGAUGGAUGCUGCAGAUGUGGGUGAUAAUUCAAAUGCAUCCUCAAGUGACACGCCGUCAUCCAGGGGUAAAGAAGGAGACUUCGAAAGUAAGAUUGAAACCGAUCGCUCCAAGAGAUUUGACUUCUUGCUGAAACAGACUGAGAUAUUUUCUCAUUUUAUGACCAACGCUAAUAAGACUGGGAAUAGUCCACCAAAAGCGAAAGCUGGCAGGCCCAAGAAGAUAAAAGAACCUGAAACCCCUAAUGCAGGAGACCUUCGCCAUAGAAAAACUGAGCAAGAAGAAGAUGAAGAACUUCUUGCAGAAACUAACACUAAGCAGAAGACAAUAUUCCGCUUUGAAUCGUCUCCACCGUAUGUCAAAAAUGGAGAAAUGCGGGACUACCAAGUGAGGGGGUUAAAUUGGAUGAUUUCACUGUAUGAAAAUGGUAUUAACGGUAUUUUGGCUGAUGAGAUGGGUUUAGGAAAAACACUGCAGACAAUUUCUCUUUUGGGUUAUAUGAAACAUUUUAAGAAUGUGCCCGGACCACACAUUGUUAUUGUGCCAAAAUCAACACUUACAAAUUGGAUGAAUGAAUUCAAAAAGUGGUGCCCCUCUGUCAAAGCUGUAUGCCUUAUUGGUGAUCAGGAAACAAGAAAUAUAUUUAUUAGAGAAACACUGAUGCCUGGUAACUGGGAUGUGUGUAUAACAUCAUACGAAAUGAUCAUAAGAGAGAAAUCUGUAUUCAAAAAGUUCACCUGGCGCUACAUGGUGAUAGAUGAAGCACACCGUAUCAAGAAUGAAAAGUCUAAGCUUUCAGAAUUACUACGAGAGUUCAAGAGUAUGAAUAGACUUUUGUUGACUGGUACACCUUUGCAGAACAACCUUCAUGAGUUAUGGGCCUUACUGAAUUUCCUCCUGCCUGAUGUAUUCAAUAGCUCUGAUGAUUUCGACGCUUGGUUCAAUACAAAUGCUGCAUUAGGCGACAAUCAGUUGGUGUCCAGAUUGCAUGCAGUUUUGAGACCAUUCUUAUUGCGACGUCUUAAGGCAGAAGUCGAGAAAAAACUCAAACCGAAAAAAGAACUUAAAGUGUAUGUGGGCUUGAGUAAAAUGCAAAGGGAAUGGUAUACAAAGGUUUUGAUGAAGGAUAUUGAUGUUGUUAAUGGCGCAGGUAAAGUAGAGAAAAUGAGGCUACAGAACAUUCUCAUGCAACUGCGCAAGUGUUGUAACCACCCAUAUCUCUUUGACGGCGCUGAGCCUGGCCCACCCUACACCACGGACGAGCAUCUUGUGUACAGUUGCGGCAAACUGGCCAUCCUGGACAAAUUGCUGCCCAAACUGCAGCAACAGGAGUCUCGGGUGCUGAUCUUUUCGCAGAUGACUAGAAUGCUGGACAUCCUAGAGGAUUACUGCCUGUGGAGACAGUAUAAGUAUUGCCGCUUGGACGGCCAAACGCCGCACGAGGAUCGGAACCGCCAGAUCGAGGAGUACAACGCGGAGGGCAGCGAGAAGUUCGUGUUCAUGCUGUCGACGCGUGCAGGCGGGCUGGGCAUCAACCUUACGUCGGCAGACGUCGUCAUCAUCUACGACUCCGACUGGAACCCGCAGAUGGACUUGCAGGCGAUGGACCGAGCUCAUCGUAUCGGACAAAUGAAACAAGUGCGCGUGUUCCGUCUCAUCACCGAGAACACAGUAGAGGAGAAGAUCGUGGAACGAGCUGAAGUUAAACUGCGUUUGGACAAAUUGGUGAUACAGUCAGGUCGCCUGGUGGACACCAAGAAUCAACUCAACAAGGAUGAAAUGCUGAACAUGAUCCGACACGGGGCCAACCACGUUUUUUCGUCGAAAGACUCCGAAAUCACAGAUGAAGACAUUGACUCGAUUCUGGCCAAGGGCGAAUCAAAGACUGAAGAACUCAAACAAAAACUUGAAAGUCUCGGCGAGUCGUCAUUAAGGGCAUUUUCAAUGGAUACUCCGGGCGCAACAGACUCUGUUUAUCAGUUCGAAGGAGAGGAUUACAGGGAGAAACAAAAAAUUAUACCAAUCGGUAACUGGAUAGAACCCCCCAAGCGGGAGCGUAAGGCUAACUACGCUGUUGACGCGUACUUCCGCGAGGCGCUCAGAGUGUCAGAGCCGAAGGCGCCCAAGGUACAGGCACCGAGACCCCCGAAGCAGCCCAUUGUUCAAGACUUUCAAUUCUUCCCGCCGCGACUUUUCGAGCUACUGGAUCAAGAAAUAUAUCACUACAGAAAAACACUUGGGUACAAAGUACCCCGAAACCCCGAACUGGGUCCGGAAUCAGCGAAGAUUCAAAGAGAAGAACAGCGCAAGAUAGACGACGCUGAGUCUCUGUCUGAAGAGGAAGUUCAAGAAAAGGAGCAACUUUUAACGCAAGGAUUUACAAAUUGGACGAAACGCGACUUCAAUCAGUUUAUCAAAGCAAACGAGAAAUAUGGCAGAGAUGAUAUCGAAAACAUUGCAAAGGAUGUUGAAGGCAAGACUCCGGAGGAGGUUAUGGAAUACUCAGCAGUUUUUUGGGAGCGGUGUCACGAACUUCAGGACGUAGACAGAAUUAUGGGUCAGAUAGAAAGGGGUGAAGCGAAGAUACAAAGAAGAGCAUCGAUCAAGAAAGCGUUGGACGCGAAAAUGGCCCGUUAUAGAGCACCAUUCCACCAGCUCAGGAUUUCAUAUGGCACCAACAAAGGAAAGAAUUAUGUUGAAGAAGAAGACAGGUUCUUAGUAUGCAUGCUGCAUAAGUUGGGUUUCGACAAGGAGAAUGUGUACGAAGAGUUGAGAGCGGCGGUGCACGCGGCACCACAGUUUCGGUUCGACUGGUUUCUGAAGUCGCGCACGGCCGUUGAAUUGCAGCGCAGGUGCAAUACUCUAAUCACAUUAAUUGAAAGAGAAAAUCAAGAGUUAGAAGAAAAAGAAAGAGCCGAGAAGAAAAAGAAAAGUGGAAAUGCCAAUCAGAAUACCCCGGGUGGCAAUUCGACAGGAAAAGGGGCGAACUCUGGAAAACGCAAGGCUGACAAUACUCCUGACACCGCUCAAAAGAAUAAGAAAAAGAAAAAAUGAAAUCCGGUCCGUCUCUACCCGACCAGACACACUCGGUCGGUCGUAGCAAGAAAGUAAAACUACUAAUAGAGUUGCCGCUGAAAUAAUUUGUCCAUUGCUAACAUUUUGGAAGACCUAUGUCUUUUCAAAGGUCGACUUGUUUACCUCGAGUAUUACUCAUAAUUUAAUAUCUAGUUAACAUUCCCUUUUUACGAUAUUUCAUAACUAUAUGAUGGAUGUUUUGUUUGAUUGUGGAAUAGUAAUAAAAGUCGUGAUACUUAAAACAUUA